AUGUCCCUCCCAACAUCUUGGCAAUCUUCUUGGGCAUCUCAUAUUCCCCAACUGACUGCCAUCCAACGUACACUUGGUUCCUUUCGCCCUUUCCCCCACCACAUCCCUCGCAUUGGCCAGCUCGACGCGGACCUCCUCGACGAAGAGCUUGCCCAAGUCCUGCAAGAACCCCUCACCAAAGCGCUUCAAGGCCUACAAAGCUCCUGGCGUGGAUUGUUCACUCUAGAAUUGGGGUUACUGAUACGACUAAUACUGUACAAGUUAUCAAUAUGGGAUAAUGCAGCAAGCUAUGGAGCGCAAUUGCAGGGUCUGAAAUUGGUCGAUGCCCACGCGAUUUCAACUUCAAAUGCCGGACCAGGGGAGAUUCGAAGACAAAAGCUCUUCUUGCAUGCUCUCCUCACACUUGGAGUGCCCUAUCUCCACGCUCGAAUACGAGGCUACGCACUCUCCCGAGCUUGGCCAGACCGCCCUCGAACCGACCAGCGUCGUCUCGCCUGGGCCUGUCUGACGAGUGCGGAGAACGCUCACGCUGUGCUCGGCCUCGCAGGAUUCGUCACGUUCCUGUGGGAUGGAAGAUAUAGGACUAUAACAGAUCGGAUAUUGGGGCUGAGGCUGGUAUCGAGUAGGCGGGUCGACAGAGUGAUCAGCUACGAAUAUAUGAACCGGCAGAUCGUAUGGCAUGCUUUGACAGAAUUCCUCUUGUUCCUCGUACCAUUGGUGGAUGUAGCUGCCCUACGCCGAGGAAUACGACAAUACCUCCUCUCACUCCGCAAGUCCACCUACGUGCCUUCACUGAUCAAAGGCCUUCUUGAGCGUGACCCCACUACCUCCAGCUCUAACGAGCUCAAAGGUCCUUACACCUCCCUUCCUCCCACAGAAUGCGCCAUCUGCGCCGAACGCGCUGCCUUGCCAAAUAUUUCCUAUCCGUUGUCGAACCAGCUUACCGCAUCCACCAUAAUAGGCGCUUUUGUACCCUCCUACCCCGUCCAAACGACCUACGUCGGUGAUUGCGGGCAUUCAUACUGUUAUGUGUGUUUGACGGAGAAAAUGGUCCAAGCAGCGGACGAGGGCAAGGAAGGGUGGAGGUGUCUGAGAUGCGGAAAGACGGUUAAGAGCGCAGCGAGAUUGAAGCCUGUUGAGGAAGGUGAAGUUAUCGACGGAAGUGAGGAGGAUUUAGGUGAUCCGGAUGCUACUGCCGCAAGUUAAGAAGAUUGACGUAUGUCUUUUACACCUUUAUUGCUAUGAGAAAUAUCA